AUGCCGGGGGACCCGCGCAGGAUCCGCGGGCCCGCCGAGUCCCAGCCGCCGUGGCCGUUCGCCUCGCCGGCGGAGGGGGAGGACGAGGGGGAGGAGGAGGAGGCGCGGGAGGCGUCGCGGCUGCGGCCGGUGUUCGCGCGCGCGGGGCUGCUGAGCCAGGCCAAGGGGUCGGCCUACCUGGAGGCGGGCGGCACCAAGGUGCUGUGCGCCGUGUCGGGGCCGCGGCCGGCCGAGGCGGGGGGCGGCGGCGGCGGCGGGGGGGAGGGCCGGCUGCACUGCGACUUCCGGCGGGCGCCAUUUUGCGGGGCCCGGCGGCCCGCGGCGGGGGCGGGGGCGGCGGGGGGCCCGUCGGCUGAGGAGAAGGAGCUGUCGUCGUGGCUGCAGGAGGCGCUGGAGCCGGCCGUGCGGCUGUCCCGCUACCCCCGCGCCCGCCUGGACCUGUGGGCCCUGCUGCUGGAGGACGGCGGGUCGGCCCUGGCGGCCGCCCUGACCGCCGCGGCCCUGGCCCUGGCCGACGCCGGCGUGGAGAUGUACGACCUGGUGGUGGGCUGCGGGCUGAGCCGCCCGCCCGGCCCGGGGCCCUGGCUGCUGGACCCCGGCCGCCGGGAGGAGGAGCGCGCCCAGGCCCGCCUCACCGUCGCCCUCAUGCCCGUCCUCAACCAGGUGUCCGGCCUGCUGGGCCAGGGCCGGCCCCAGCCCGCCCACGCCUGGCCCGGGGCCCUCGGCCUCGCCGUGGACGCCUGCCAGCGCCUCUACCCCCUGCUCAGGCGCUGCCUCCUCAGGGGCGGCACCGACCCCCCGACCCCCGGGGGCCGGACCCUCUGAAGGGAAAAACAGACACCCAACCCCUUCUGCCCCGGGUGGAAAGACUAAAAGACACCCCCCCUUAACCCGUCUGGGACCGCGAAAGACUAAGGAUCUACGGGCGGCCCCGUUUCGGAAAGCAGACCGACCCGUCUUGUACUAGGAAAGACUUCAGAUUUAAGGGGAAGCCCGUUUUGGAAAAAAAAAAAAACCCGACCCGUUUUGUAGUACGAAAGACUUGGGAUCUACGGGCGGCCC